UUUGAUAUCGUAAUUGUAGAUUAUCGAUACUAAUAAUAUUUAACAUCGAAACAAAAAUAUCGAAUUAUCAAGUAUAUAGCUUAAAUGAACAUUGCCAUCUAAAGUAUAAAUAUUGUUCCUUAAUUAUUUUAAAUAGAAACAAUGAAAUUUGACAAUGAUUUUUUUUGAAUGAUGUGAAAUUUAUUUAAAACAAUCAUAAUUUUAAUAAUCAUUGUUUUAUGAAAACAUAAGUGAAAAACGAAAUUAAUUGUUAUUAAAAUAAAAGACUAAUGAAAACAUAACAAUUAUAAACAAGAAAAUGUCUGGUCCUAUGGUAUUAUGUCAAUUAUGGAUGGGUGGUUUAGAACCGUAUAUGACAGAAAGUUUUAUAAUGAAUGCUUUUCAUAAAAUGGGAGAACAACCACAAACAGUUAAAGUAAUGAGAAAUCGUUAUACUGGUGAACCUGCAGGUUAUUGUUUUGUACAUUUUCCAACUGAUGAAAUGGCACUUGAUGCUAUGCAUAAAUUAAAUGGCAAAGUGAUACCUGGUUCAAAUCCAGCUGUGAGAUUUCGAUUAAAUCAUGCUAGUACUACAGGAAAACCAACAGCAGAAAGAGAAUUUAGUAUUUGGGUUGGAGAUUUAUCAACAGAUGUAGAUGAUUAUUCUUUAUAUAGAGCAUUUGCUGCUAAAUAUAAUUCAAUCAGAACAGCAAAAGUCAUUUUAGAUAGUUCUGGAUUUAGUAAAGGAUAUGGUUUUGUCAGAUUUGCUAAUGAAGAAGAACAGAAAAAUAGUUUAGUUACUAUGAAUGGAUAUAGAGGACUGGGAACAAAAUCAUUAAAAAUUUGUAAUGCUGUCCCUAGACCUUGGAAUAAAUUAUCAGGAUCAACACCACCACAAUCAUCAUCAGAAUAUACACCUUCAAAUUUAAAUUCAGAUGCUUAUAAUUAUUAUGAUACAUCGUCCUAUUGGAACAGUUACAGUGCAUGGCAGCAAGGUUAUUAUGAAAGUGAACCUACAUCAGAUGGAUAUAAUAGUUAUGUAUCUGAUCAAAAACCUGAAGAAGAUGAAUUAGAAUUAAUUGGUAUGAAAUUGAACUGUAUUAUUUAUACAUAUUAUAUUAUUUAUAGAUAAAUUAUAGAACAAGAUUACAAUCUGUGGGAUGCAUUAGAAAGUUCAAAGUGGAUUCCAUGUGACACCUUAGAAUUGUGUUAUUAAAAUUUCUUUUGAAUAAAUUACUUAUUUGCUAUAUCUAUGUAAUUAUGUAUUUUUAUGUAUGAUUUAAAUAAAUUUAUAAAUUGUAAAAUAAGAAUUUGU